UGAAACACACAAUUGAGUGUUAAAUUGCAGCUUGAAGUCGAUGCAAUGUCUCAAAACAGUCAAAACAGUAAAACGGUCUUCGGAUUUGGUUUGAGUUCGCACCAAAAUGCCCUCUUGAACCAUCUAUUUCCGUCCAUUCUAGCGCCCUUUUUGUUCAUGCUGAUCGUCGCGACGGAUAUCGGCGUCAUUUUCCGCCACUAUAAAGACGGCGACCCGAUUUGGGCGUCGCUGACGCUGUUUUGCAUGUUCCUGCCGGCGAUGGGCAGCCUGAUUAUCACGCUGACCGAUUGGGAUUAUUGGCCGGAGCCGGAAAACGGCAUGACGAGCGACAACAGCUAUUGGCUGUACAAGAAAAUCAUCGGCCACGUGUUUUUUCCUGUAUGGAACGUGUUUAGGCAUGCCGAGCGGAUCUUCUGGUCCAUCGAAGCUGUGCGAAGCACCGACGAAACAGCCAUCGAAGAAAACAUUGCCAAAGCCACCGAACCCCGCCUGGUUGAGUUGUAUGUGUUUCUUCAAGCAUAUCUUCAUUCGCUGCCGCAGGUUCUUCUUCAGCUGCACAUCCUGAUGCGGCACAACAGCGACAUCGCCAAAGAGUCGAAAAUCACGCAGGCGGUCAGUAUCCUUCUGAACCUGGCUAAGGUGGCUGUCACCACAACGUUCUACCAGAGGUUCAGAGCUCAGAAGCUCACGGGAUCGCAUUAUCCCUGGCUGAAGGCCAGGAAGCAGAUGCGAUCCCAAGGGUUCACUGGGAAGGGGCCGGAUGAGGAGGUGAUUUUGCGGAGCUCCAGUUCAACUCAGAGAAGGGUGAUAGAGCGUGGUUCAAGGCGAACAAACGAUGACAUCACUCGCCUGUACGAUAUACAGCCCGCCAUUCAGGCGGAGCGCAGAAGAAGCAGCGACAUUUAUCUGGAACCUGAACCCUCCCCAGGCACUGUCACUGAUACCUUUGAGGAAACGUUGCAAACCUCCACCAGUGAGCAAACCUGGAAGAGAAACACUUUAACGAGUAGAACUUCCACUUACAUCGCCCGGUUUUCCUCACUGUUGGGAGUGAGGAGCGUAUCAUCCGUGCCAGAUAGCGCCUUGUACAACAUCUCCAGAGUAACGUACAUUAAAGGCCUUCGAGAGGACGAUGCUGCAGGGAAACUGAUCUCGUUCCUUUGGUGGUUCACCUUUUUGCUCAGCAGAGUGUUGGCUGUUUCGGUGUUUGCGUAUUUUUACCCGCGGACUUGCGUGGGGCUUUUGAUCGCGCACGUUCUUAUUGUUAUCGCGGCUCUCGCGUACGACGUGAAAGAGGACAGUGUGAAACGCGACAAAUCGGCCUUUUUCAUAUUCAUCGGCCUGGUGUACAUUUUCUGCAUUAUCGAGUUUAAAAUUCGGUUCAAAAAAACCAAGUUUAUUUAUGCCGCCUACUUUAGCUUGAUGUUUCUGGAGAAUUUGGUGAUGUGUCUGAUGUGGUACUGUGGGGAAAUCGAGUCCUUGGAGAACGACUAUUGGUAUCGGUAUAUUUUCUACACCGUCAUUGGGGCGCAUUUUCUCACCCUCUCCUCUAUGAUGUUUUACUACAUUUUGACUAAGCCCAAGUCGGUGGCGGUUCGUGUGUCUUAAUUAUAGUCAGCAUAUUUUAGACAAACAAUAUUUAAAAAAAAUGGAGUGCGUCACGGGACGCUCGACAGAAGUGAUAACUACUUGUCUAACGCAUGAUGUCAAUAAUAAUUUUAAU